AUGGCCGGUGGCCGCGGCGAGCCCUGUGCCCGCCUCUCGCCGCCCCGCCGGGGCGCACGGACCGGCGAUCCUCCUCCGCGCGGCGCAUCCAGGCAAGAAAAUCCGGGAAAAAAAACAAUACCGGAUUUUCCCUUGCUGCGCCCCUCGCAGCCCCUGGCCCUCGAUGCGGUGCGAGCGGGGCGCGGAGCCGCGGGGCGCUCCGCGGUGCUUGCGCGCAUCCAGCGGGUCCGCCUCUCGGGCUGCCGAGUGUUCCCCCCCCGACGGGAUUCCCCCUCCGUGCUGCUCCGUGACCGCGCAACUCAGGCGCUGCCUCUCUCUCCUUCCCUGCAGAAAAGCAACGUCCCGCCGCUCGCGCAGCGCGGGGAAGAGGCACAGUCCGCGAAAUUCCUCCUCCUCACCCUCCUCUCCCUCGCCUGCAUCGCCGGGGUCCUGGCGGCAUCGGGGGUCGCCUACUGCCUCCGCCACCGCGCCCACCACCGCCUGAAGGAGAAGCUCUCGGCUCUGGGGGCUGACGCCGGCUCCGAUGCGCCCGCUGCUUACCAGGAGCUAUGCCGGCAGCGCAUGGCAGUGAAGAGCUCUGACCGCCCAGAGCCCCUGCACUCGUCCCGAAUCAACAGCGUCUCCUCCCAGUUCAGUGAUGGGCCCAUCCCCAGCCCCUCAGCCCGCAGCAGCACCUCAUCCUGGUGUGAGGAGCCAGUCCAGUCCAACAUGGACAUCUCCACCGGUCACAUGAUCCUGUCCUACAUGGAAGACCACCUGAAGAACAAGAACCGUCUGGAGAAGGAGUGGGAAGCUCUGUGUGCUUACCAGGCUGAGCCCAACGAGAGCAGCGUGGCACAGCAGGAGGAGAAUGCGCCGAAGAACCGCUCCCGGGCCGUGGUACCAUAUGACCAUUCCAGGAUAUGUCUGAAAGGUGAAAGUAGCCACGACAAUUCAGACUACAUCAACGCCAGUCCCAUUAUGGACCAUGACCCCCGAAACCCUGCAUAUAUUGCCACCCAGGGCCCUCUCCCUGCUACUGUUGCUGACUUCUGGCAGAUGGUCUGGGAGAACGGCUGUGUCGUUAUUGUCAUGCUGACACCCCUCGUGGAAAACGGAGUCAAGCAGUGCUACCACUAUUGGCCGGACGAAGGGUCAAACCUCUACCACAUCUACGAGGUAAAUCUUGUCUCUGAGCACAUCUGGUGCGAGGAUUUCCUCGUGAGGAGCUUCUACCUGAAGAACCUGCAGACCAACGAGACCCGCACAGUGACCCAGUUCCACUUCCUCAGCUGGAACGACCAGAGGGCUCCUGCCUCCACCAGAUCCCUUCUGGAUUUCCGCAGAAAAGUAAACAAGUGCUACAGGGGUCGCUCUUGUCCAGUAGUUGUUCAUUGCAGCGAUGGUGCGGGAAGAAGUGGAACCUACAUUCUAAUUGACAUGGUUCUCAAUAAAAUGGCCAAAGGUGCUAAAGAGAUUGAUAUUGCUGCUACCCUGGAGCACUUGAGGGACCAGAGACCAGGCAUGGUCCAGACAAAGGAGCAGUUUGAGUUUGCUCUGACAGCGGUGGCAGAGGAAGUGAAUGCAAUACUCAAGGCCCUUCCCCAGUGAGCAGCUCAGUCUCCUGAAGGUUCCUGCAGAAUUCAUCCCUCGUUUUCCUCAUCCUCAGUCCCUGUGAAUGUUCUUGGAAACCGUGACCUGACCUUAACUGUGUAUCUUCUGUUGUAACCACAUAGUGAUAGGGUCCUUACAAACUGCUUUAGCUGGUAAAAGUUCAACAGUUAAAAUGUGUAUUCUGUUUUUUUGGGGUUUAAACAAAUUUUUAAAAGUACAUCAAAGCCUCGGAUUAAGUGACAGAACAAUCCAUCUAAUUCCUCCUACAUUCUUGAAGCCCUGAAUGUCACCCUUUGAAAGCACACAUUCAUGUUCUUAAUAGCAAAUAUACAAUAUUGUGGGUAAUUAGUGCAGUCAAUAUAGUCUCAGAAAACAGUGUUCUGUUAUAUUUUGUAAUUUCUCAAAGGCUGAAUAAGAGUGGGGGCCUAAAGAGGAUGGUGAUUGUUCCCAUACAGUGCCAAGCUGGAGCAUGAAGCAGUGCUGUGGGUGUGAGCAAACACAGGUCCAGGCUCUGGCAAGGAGAGCUUGCACCUUCUCAUGCCAGGCUUUGGCAAGCAAAUGUUUUCUUAACUGUUGUUUACUUUUCAGCUUUGUGCCAUGAGAGGAAGAAAGUCUGAACUGAGUAAAAGAGGCUUGCAUGGUUGUUGCAACUGGGGAGAAAACAUGUUGGUCACAUUUAUGGAAAGCCAGGGGAUAAUGAGCACAACUCUGACCAUGUACCUGGCACUGACAGCACAGAAAAGAAGAGCAUAGGCUCCCCUCAAGUGAUGAGAAAGGUCCUGUCAGCAGUCAGGUAAUUGUCUGGAGCUGUUAUGGAAAGAGAUUGUUGGUUUUAUGGGAUUACUGAGGAAGAAAAUGGGAUUCUCCCCUUUAUAUCUUUGCAUUUCCCUCUGUAAAGCUCUGCUGUGCCAUCCUUUUUAGCCAGGAAAGUGUAUUUCUGUAAAAGCCUGGCUGAAGAAGAAAUCUCCAAUCUGCAUUUUAUUACUCUCAUCGAGUUUGUCUGAUCCAGGCAUUUGUUGCAGCUCUCUGCAGAGGCUUUGCUCACUCCUUGUUCUGCAGGACACCUAUUUGAACUGAGCAUGAAGGGGUAAAGCAGCACAAAGAUUGAAUUUCAGAGAUUCAUGUGUUCUCAAAAGCCUAAUGCCUACUGUUGCAAAGUAAUGCUAAAAUAUGUCUGUAGAUGGUUUGGAUAUGCAAUCUUGCUUCUGUGAUUUCACAGGUUCAGUUGUGGCACUCUUUUAAAGGAAUUUACAUUAUUGAUAGAAAGUACUUUGAUACGUUUGAAUGAAGGGCCUGAGAGUAAAAUUACUGAAGGUACCUAAGUGAUCUAGGCUAUUAAUUUCAUUUUCAAAAGUGAAUACUUGGAUGCUUUUUCAUCUGCUAUCCUACAUCUCCGUGACAUAAGAAUCUGGGGUGCUUUUUUCCCAAAAUCUUAUGAGUAUUGUGUGCUUGAAACCAUAUUAGGCUAAUUGUUUAACUUCAACACUGGAAAAUAUAUCAUUGAAUUUAAUUUGGGAAGGGGAGCUUUCAUAAACUUCUAAUCAGUGAAAUGUUAAAAAUACCAGUAUCGUACAGUUUUGCUGGCACAGAGGUGAUGAGCAUCAAUCAAAAUCAACCAUGUUGCAAUUUUGUAUUG